UCAAGCUAAACCGAUCACUGUAAAGCGCUGCAUCAAACCACUGCAGCCAUGGAAGGUGCUACCGUUGAACUGACCGAGAUUCAGCAGUUUUACAGAAAUGAGACGGUGUUUUUGACUGGCGCCACUGGUUUCCUUGGGAAGUUGAUGCUGGAAAAAGUGCUACGAGCUCUACCGGUGAAGAAAGUGUUCCUUUUGAUACGCACCAAGAAGAACGUGGCACCUUCGGCAAGGCUGCAGGCGAUUUUUGAGUCCCCCAUUUUCGAUGGCAUUAAGCGAGACCAGCGGACAGUCUUCGACAAAAUCGAAAUUAUACAGGGCGACUGCGAGUUGCCGAUGUUGGGGAUCUCAGCUGCGGACUUGCAAAGGAUGCAGGAAGAAGUGACAGUAAUUUUCCAUUUUGCUGCCACUGUGCGCUUCCAUGAGCACAUCAAAAAGGCGACUUGGUUGAAUGUGAGGGCCACUAAGGACCUGGUGGGCAUAGCGAAGCAGCUCAGAAGAAUCAAGACGUUCGUUUAUGUGGGAACAGCAUUCUCCAACUCCAACCGAAAGGAGAUUGAAGAGCAAAUUUACCCGUCGAGGAUUUCAGCCGAAAACCUCAUUGCAGUUUGCCAGAGCCUCGACGAUGCCACCUUGAGCUGCAUGAGCAGCAAACUCACCGCUGACUGGCCGAACAACUACACCUUCACCAAACAAGUGGCCGAAGAAUACAUCGGCCGGGCGGCCCAAGACAUCCCAAUAUGCAUCUGCAGGCCUUCGAUUGUGGUUUCAACAGCUGCGGAACCCAUCGAGGCCUUCAUAGACAGCCCGGUGUCGAUGGGAGGCCUUUCAGUCAUGUUCGGGCUGGGAAUUUGCCGCAUUUUCUACUACAAGAAGAUCAUCUUGGAUGUCGUUCCAGCCGAUUAUGUUGUGAAUGAGUGCAUUGCAGCUGGCUGGCACACCGGCGAGAUGUUCCGGGACACCAGAGCCAAAAUACCAGUCUACCACAUAUGCAGCAGUAUCGAGAACCCUGUGAGCUUAGAAGACCUGUGGGAACAUGGACAAGUCCAGAGCAGAGCAAAUGCGUCGCUCAAAGCCGUCAUGUACCCGAUGUAUUUUGUGACCACGUGCAAACCAAACUACCUGUUUUGGAAGUUCGUUCUAGAAACAAUGGUUGCGCACAUAACCGAUUUGAUGCUGAAAAUGCGCGGCCAAAAACCGAUGUUGGUGUCGGUGAUGAGGAAGUUGCACGCGGUUCAAGAGUCGUUAGAGCACUUUACUUGCAACGCGUUCCACUGGCACGUCGAGAACCACUUCAAGCUGCAGAAGAAGAUGAGCUUCAAGGAUCGAGAGCUGUUCAACUUCAACAUUAAGGCUUUGGAUUGGCACACCUAUUUUAGCCAGCAGGCGAAAGGCGUGCGGGUUUAUCUCAUAAAGGACCCGUUCACCACCUUGCCGGAAGGGUUCAAGCGAAUGAGGCGCUUGAGGAAGAUUUUUAUCGUUGUUCUGCUCGUCAGUGCGAUUGUUUUGUACGGUUUAGGCAAACUUCUGUUUUUCAGGCUUUUGCCUUUGGUGUUCGCUUUCAUUGCCUACUGUUUGCGCUGCUUGGUUUGCUGAGCUGGAAGUUGCUGUUGGGUGCAAUAAAUUGGUGAAGAAGC